AUGGCCGCGCGCAAGCUGGACCCAACGAGGUUCGUCAAGGCUGUGCUGAGCGACUUUAUGAGGCAGUCUGGUCUUGAGCCGACAUUGUUUGGACCUCACAUGCGCGUCACCCAUGCCGUCCCCGGCAAGGUCGACUUUGAGCUGGACAUUGCCCAGCAGCAUACAAUCCUUCACGGCGGCACGAUUGCCAGCAUGGUCGACCUUGGCGGCUCGCUGGCCGUGGCGUCGCACGGCGUCUUCAACACGGGCGUGUCGACGGACAUCAACGUGACGUACCUGGCCAACGGCGGCGCCGUGGGCGACAAGAUCAAGGCGACGGCCGUUUUGGACAGAAUCGGCAAGACACUGGCGUACACGUCGAUCACGUUUACGAACGAAAAGGGCGAAGUGGCGGCACGUGGCAGCCAUACGAAGUUCAUCGCCAAGGUCUGGGGCAAGAACGAGCCGUUUACGACGGAGAAACCUGUCAACGGCGAGGAGAGCUAG